AUGGCAAAGAAACGGUCCAAUGUGCCCAACGGCAAUUACAGUAACAGUACUGAGUCUAUAAGCAGCCUGACUAAACCACAGCUUUUCGGUAUUUACGACGCGGACGUGGUGAAUAACGAAGAUACGGAAAUCUACGAAGAAGCACGUAAAUCGGUCGGAAAAUUCGCCGACGGUCCCAAACAGUUUGGGAAAGAGUCAGGAAGUAAGAAAAUGUUUUCUAUGCAAAGAUUGGGCCACAUCGUAUUUUCAAUUGCGUUUUUAGGUGUGGCAGGCAUCUCAUACAACGAAUUGAGCAAACAACUCCACGACAAUCAUGCUUUGCAUCCGGAAUUUGCGUCGCGGCCUCUGGCACUGGGUGUCGAGAUAUGUCAAAAACUCAGCUUUGGAUACGUUCCCACUUGGAUGGCGUAUGCGCUUGAGGGCAUCGUUUUCGGGUCUUUGCUACCUUUGAUCGACGUGGUGUACGGGAAACCCGUCAGAAGCAGUUCUUUCACCUCCGUGCUUAGAGCUGUAAACGCCAUGCUCGGGGUCGCGUUUGGUAUACGCAAAAUUGAGUGGAGCUCAUCGCUGCAGGCGAGUGGUGCGUGGUUCUUGUUGAACAUCGUACUGUGGAUGUUUUUCGAUGGGACGUUGUCCAUGCUCAUCGGAUGUCUGGGCAUUGGGACCGUUGCAUGUGCUACGUCGUUCUACGACAUUACCGAAUACUCACAUUUUCUUUAUUUCAUGGACUUUUACUUCCUUGGGCUUCUAUUGUUCGGCAAAAUGGGCAGAUACCUCUACGGCCGCUGA